AUGGGAACUGCCGUGUCCAAAAGGAAGAAUUUAAGAAACGAUGCGAUAUCUUCUGUGGCAGCAAAAGUUAGAGCAGCACGAGCAUUUGGAGAGUACCUGUCCCACACACACCCUGAAAACCGAAACGGAUCAGCUCAUCUUCUGUGUGAAACCUUGGUGGGUCCUGACCCGGAGUCACCAAGUGACACGGUUGGCCCAAACAACAACAACAACCACCUUCAUCCGUGCUCCAACAACACUAAGGGCUCUGAGGACAACCCGGAGCCCGGCCUGGUGAAAUCCCAGUUGGGCUUACUCCAGCCACCUCCCCCUGCCAUCACCAUUUCUACCAAGCCAGCACGGUUGUCCCUUGAGCGCAGCUUCUCAGCGGAGGAAGACAAACAAAAGUGUGUCGAGUGCACCCUGCAGCCCGCCCGCGUGUACACCAUCACCACCCAGCACGGUAUGCUGAUGAGUGGUGGCCGAGGCAGCAAGGAGAGCCUAGAACUGGACGUCCUCAAGGAGAAGUCGGGGAGUGGAGGGGUGAGAUCCAGGGGUGGUGGUGUAGUUGUUGGCGGCGGUGACCAACACCUCCACACUACCUUGAUCCAACCCUCCACUUCCCCUUCCUCCACCUCAUCGUCUCCAACCCAGUACCACCACAGCGGCGGCCGUGGCACCAGCCACCACCACAGUAACCACCACCACCACCACUCUGUCAUGGGCACCAAUGCGCCUUCAGGCAGUGGAGGGAGUAGCGGCGCAAGUGGAAGCGGCAGCAACCAGCAGCAGCAGACUCUAGCCAUCGGCGGGCCCCACUCCCACCAUACAUCACACCACCACUCUCACCACCACCUGUCUCACGUCCCACUGCAGACUUCCGUCAGUGCCCACAACAUCCGCGGCUGGGGCGAGGGUGGAAAAGGAGAGGCAGAGUGCAGCGGGCUGGCCUGUGACACGUGCAGUGGCGCCCCUUCACGGAGCCAGGGCUCCCUGGACCUCGAGAGCACAUCUCGAGAGGCAGGCAAGCAGAACCGACGCCUAGAGCAGAUGUGCAGUGUGGACCGGGUGACUGGGCUGGAGAGAGAGGACACCAACUGGUUCCCCAAGGAAAAUAUGUUCUCCUUUCAAACUGCCACCACAACCAUGCAGGCGAUAUCGAACUUCCGGAAGCAUCUUCGGAUGGUGGGCAGCAGAAGGAUUAAAGCCCAGACAUUCGCUGAACGUAGAUCGAAGAGUUUCAGCCGUUCCUGGAGUGACCCCACCCCUGUCAAGCCUGACUCUCCUCAUGAACCCAGAGGCAGUGGAGACCUGCAGACCUCCUGUGGUAAUCUUGAUGAGGGCGGCCUCGAUGACACUAGACUGGACUGGGAGGAGGAGAGAGAGAUGGAGAGGCUGGCCUGUGAGGGAGACGACUUUGUACCUCCCAAAAUCAUGCUGAUCUCCUCUAAGGUCCCCAAGGCAGAGUACGUUCCCACCAUACUCCGCAGGGACGACCCCUCCAUCAUCCCUAUACUCUAUGACCAUGAACAUGCAACUUUUGAUGAUAUUUUGGAGGAAAUAGACAAGAAGCUCACAGCUUACAGGAGAGGGUGCAAGUUCUGGAGGAUGCUCAUCUUUUGUCAGGGAGGUCCAGGUCAUCUGUACCUACUGAAGAACAAAGUGGCGACCUUUGCUAAGGUGGAAAAGGAGGAGGACAUGAGCCAGUUCUGGAGGAGGCUCAGCCGCUUCAUGAGUAAAGUCAACCCAGAACCCAACCUCAUCCACAUAAUGGGAUGUUACGUCCUGGGCAACCCCAAUGGAGAGAAGCUGUUUCAGAAACUGAAGAAUCUGAUGAGGCCUUAUUCUGUUGAGUUUGAGUCACCAUUGGAGCUGUCUGCACAGGGCAAAGAGAUGAUUGAGAUGUACUUCGACUUCCGCCUCUACCGGCUUUGGAAGACACGCCAGCACUCGAAACUCUUGGACUAUGAGGAUUUUUUGUGA